AUGUCUAAUUCUUACAUAACUGAACCUUGUGUUUUCUGUGGCGAAAAUCAUUCUUAUGAGUUUUGCCUCGGAAAUCCCGUUUCGGUAAAUUAUGUUGGGAACUAUAGAAGAAAUAGCCCAUUUUCUCCUACGUACAAUCCAAAUUGGAGAAAUCAUCCGAAUUUUUCAUUGGCCGGAAAUCCGGGACUUCAACCCCCCGGGGCAACUCAAGUCCAAAACCGACCUUCAAAUCCCUCGGGAUUUCAUCAAGGUGGUCGUCACAUGCAAAGUAAUCAUCACAUGUACCAAAAUGGGCAAUCUUCACAAUCACAUGCACCUAGGCAACAAAAUGCAUCGAAGGGUAAUGGUUCACUCGAAUCUUUAUUCAAAGGUUUUAUAAACAAAACCAAUGCCACUUUGAGGAAUUUUGAGACCCAACUUGGCCAAUUUGCUGCGGAUCUCAAGAAUAGACCUCAAGAAACUUUUCCUAGUGACACAGAAACACCUAAGGAACAUGUUAAGGCCGUGACUUUAAAAAGUGAUAAGAACUUGGGAGACUCUAAUGUCACAAAGGAAACACCUAAAACAGCAGAUUUGCCCAGUUCCAGCACCACCCAGUCUCCAUCUGACACUGCUCACAGUGGACAGAAACUGCCCACACCCCAACAGAAAAAGACCGGUCCAACAGAUUUACAUCUGAGAGAUCUACCUUUCCCAGGUAGGAUGAAAGCCAAAAAUGUGGAUGUACAGUUUAAGAAGUUCUUGGACAUCUUUAAGCAACUCCACAUUAACAUACCUUUGGUAGAAGCUCUCGAGAAAAUGCCUAGCUAUGUUAAAUUUUUGAAAGACAUCCUCAAUAAAAAGAGAAGACUGAGUGAAUUUGAGACCAUGUCUUUGACAAAUGAAUGUAGUGCCCUUCUUACUUGCAAAAUUCCCCCAAAAUUAAAAGACCCGGGAAGUUUCACCAUCCCGUGCUCUAUUGGAGGGAAAGAAGUAGGUCAUGCCUUGUGUGACCUUGGGGCAAGUAUAAAUCUCAUGCCUUUGUCCAUUUUUAAUCGGUUGGGAAUUGGGGAAGUUCGACCUACCACCGUGACUUUGCAACUAGCGGAUAGGUCCUUGGCAUAUCCAAAAGGUAAAAUUGAAGACAUCUUGGUAAAAGUGGACAAAUUCAACUUUCCAGCCGACUUUCUAGUGUUAGAUUAUGAAGCCGCUAGGAAUGUUUCGAUCAUCUUAGGAAGACCCUUUCUUGGUAUGGGUAGGACAUUAAUUGAUGUACAAAAGGGAGAGUUAACCAUGAGAGUAAAUGACCAGCAUGUGACUUUCAAUGUAUUUAAGACUCUUAAGUUCAAUGGGGAGAUUGAGGACUGUUCGUCUAUUUACUCAGUAGGUGAUUAG